AUGUCCGCAAAGAUCGAUAAGAUUAUUGCGCGUUUGCAAGAAAAAACAGCAGAAGGUACCUACUACGAAGCGCACCAACAAACCCGCGUCGUCGCCUCCCGCUACAUCAAAGCCCAAAACUACCCCGCGGCAACCGACAUCCUCUACAACGUAUCCCUCUCCCUCCUCCGCGCCGCCCAAGGCGGUUCCGGCGGCGACCUAGCCUUAUUUUUACUCGAAGUAUACAAUCUCUCCGCAUUAACAUGCGACAGCGUAUCCAAAGGGCGUCUACUCACUCUGCUGCGCGCGUUUCACCCCGAGGAACCAUCGAGAAAGAGAUUUGUGGGCGAGGUAAUUGCAUGGUCAAGCAAAAACUCGGUGUUUCCGGCUGGAGACCCGGAGUUGCAUCAUGUGGUUGGAACUUUGUAUGCGGACGAGGGGGAAGCGUAUGAUGCGGAACGACAUUUGGUUCUCGGGACGAAAGAUUCCGCAGAGGUGCUAGCGAAAAUGGAGUUUGAGUGGUAUGUUGAGGAUGAUAGUCAUACGGCGGCACUAUAUGCGUCGAGGGCUGUAUUGCCUUAUUUAUUGGUGGGCAAUGUACGGGAUGCGCGGAAAUCGUUGGGGAUUUUCACUUCGCGGUUGCAGGAGGAAAAUAAAGGUUUAACGGUUCAGGAACUUGGAGGUUCGGGAAUCGAGGAUAUUAAAAUAUAUCCUAGUCUCCCGCUUCUUAAUUUUCUAGGACUAUUGUUGGUAGCGGUGCAAAAGGGGAAUUCGUUGGAUUUCAAACAGCUCACGAAGAAAUAUGCGGGGCAGAUGAAGGAGGGGGCGGGAGAGAUGUGGGAGGAAGCACUUGUUGGGAUUGCGGAGAUGUAUUUUGGGAUUCAGAGGCCGAGACAGGGAAAUCCGUUGAUGGAUAUGAUGGGGAGUAUGUUUGGCGGUGGGAUGGGGGGUGGAGGACAACAGAAACAGGGUGCUAAGAGGAUUGGGCAGAAUGGAGAGGCACCGAUGGCAGAGGGCUUAGAUUGA